UUUUUUUUUUGUUUUUAAUUUGGCAGCUCUUAAUUCUCUCUCCUUAUCUGAUCUUCUUCUCCGACUUCCUGACUCGCGUCUUCUCCAUUUCCUCACCCCGAAAGAACUCUCCCCGGCGCUCUGAAAAUGGCGGCUUCUACUUCCGCGUGCUUCCGCCCUCCUCCUCUCUCGGCUUCUGCCAAACUCCGUCCGGCGGAGCUCAGUUCCAGCUCCGCCAUCUCCUUCCCUUUCAACCUCUCCGCCGACGUCAGAGGAUUAGGUCUCCGUUUAACCAGCUCUCCGUUGUCUUCUCCCCUCAAGGUCGUUUGCAUGCGCGGAUCCAAAGGUGGCAAGAAAGAGAAAACGGCAAAACCCGACCCAGUUUACCGUAAUCGUUUAGUUAGCAUGUUCGUUAACCGAGUCCUGAAAAAUGGGAAGAAGUCACUGGCUUAUUUCAUCAUGUACCGAGCCUUGAGAAGGGUUCAGGAAAAGACGGGGCAGAAUCCGUUGGCAGUGUUGAGGGACGCAGUGCAAGGAGUUACUCCUGAUGUGGCUGUGAAAUCUAGGCGAGUUGGGGGUGCCACUCAACAGGUUCCUGUUGAGGUAGAUACCACUCAGGGCAAAGCGCUUGCGAUUCGUUGGUUGUUGGUGGCAGCUCGAAAGAGGCAAGGUAGGGACAUGGUGUUCAAACUAAGUAAUGAGCUGAUCGAUGCCGCCAAAGGAAGUGGUGAUGCUAUAAGGAAGAGGGAGGAGACCCAUAGAAUGGCAGAGGCCAAUAGAGCUUUCGCACAUUAUCCAGCAGCAGUUGUUACCAAGGACUCCUGGGAGAAGUCAAUUCUGAAAAGCGAUACCCCGGUCUUAGUUGAGUUCCAUGCAAGUUGGUGUGGCCCCUGUAAAAUGGUCCACCGUGUGAUUGAUGAGCUUGCUGGGGAGUAUCAAGGACGAAUCCAGUGCUUCGUGCUCAAUGCGGACAAUGAUUCGGAAAUUGCUGAGGACUAUGACAUUAAGGCUGUGCCUGUGGUUCUGCUUUUCAAGAAUGGAGAAAAGCAAGAGACUGUGGUUGGUACCAUGCCCAAGGAAUUCUAUGCUGCUGCAAUCGAGAGGGUUCUGAAGCCAUGAAUGCCUCUUUCUUUUCUCUUCUCCGUCGAGCAUAAUAGAAACUCGGAUCGACGAUUUCCUGUUGUUGUUUGUUUGUUUUUCUCUGGUUCUUGCUAUCAGGUGUGUGGUGGAAUUUUGUUUUGGCUUUGAGUUGUCUACUAGAACAUACAUAUAUAGAGCUGAUGAAACAUAUAUGCUCAUUGCUGGCUUCUGCAAAUAGUUGCAAACGGGUUUACCUGCACCUUGAUGUGGUUGGAAGCUUAUGACAUGUUGGGCAUCCUCUUUUCAUCUGUAUCUACAACGUUUUAAUAAAUAACCGUUGAUUUAGAUUUGAGUUCCCCUCAAACUCUAUCGUCGAAGAUCUCAUCUCUCUGUUUACUUGGGAGAGAAGUUUCUUUUGGGAUUGAAGAGUCUG